ACUAAGCGCUAGCCCGCCAACUUGAAAUUCAGUCCUCCACGUUUAAUAGUUCGUUCACGGUGUAUUGAAUCAGUGGAUUGUGUUUUGUAUUAGUUACAAGGUUUUGCGGUCUCGCUUUUACCACCUUAUAAUGGGAUACAAAAGAGUUGUACAAGCUACUCCCCUGAUACGGGAGAGGUGCCGCGAACUUGUUUUGGACAACGAUAAGCUACGCAAAAUCAUGGAAGUGUUUUUGAAUAAUGUUCACAGAGGGUUGAGAAAAGAUACUCAUCCUACUUCAAUCGUCAAAUGUUUCCCCACCUAUGUUCAAGAUUUACCUAAUGGCACAGUAGCACAGUCUGAUUAUCCUAGUUUAUCCGACAAACGUAAGAACUACAGUUCUGAUAUACAAAUUGAAAUUUGUGCUAUUUUAAAUGACACUACCGGAACGCUAAUGUCAUGUGCUUGGAAAAAUCACAAUACAAGGAUUGGGCUCAUAGUUGGCACUGGAAGCAAUGCAUGUUAUGUUGAAAAACAAGAAAAUGCCGAAACUUGGAACGAUGUGGAUAUGGGAUCUGGAAAUGUUCUAAUUAACUUAGAAUGGGGUGCUUUCGGAGAUGACGGAGCUUUAGAUUUUGUUCGGACUGAAUAUGACGAGGAUAUUGAUAGAAAUUCUGUAAACCCUUCAAAACAAAAGCAAGAAAAAAUGAUAUCUGGAAUGUACAUGGGCGAAAUAGUAAGGUUGGCUCUUGAGAGAUUCACGAAAGAUGGACUUUUAUUUGGAGGAAAAGGAUCCGACAUGUUAUUCGAAAGAGGGAGGUUCUAUACAAAAUAUGUAUCAGAAAUUGAAAGUGAUCCUCCAGGUGUAUUCAACAACCUCAGGGAUAUAUGUGAAGAAUUAGGUAAACCAAAAAAAAUCUCUUGCAAGUUUUUAUCCAAACUAGAAGCAUUUCAGUUUGAUCUGAUGUUAUCCGAAGAUGGCAGUGGUCGAGGAGCUGCUCUGGUUGCAGCAGUGGCUGCAAGACUACAAAAAGAAAAGCAAGCCGUUCAAACAUAACAGCAGUUACUUAAUUUCAAAAUGAAUUUGUAUAGGUUAAAUUAUUAUUUGAAAGAGCUACUGGCUUUAAAUACUAUUUACUCAUAGUUCAAUGUUUUGGGUUCUUAUAGACUGUAUUUAGAUAUCUAAAAUAAUUUUAUUUCAACCAUCACUAUAUGACUCAAAAUAAUUCCAAAGUUGCAGUUGAUUCCUGUUUAGUUACAUCUUUGAUAUUGAAUAUUUUUAUAACACUUGAGCUGUUACUUUGUAUACCAAAUUGUUUUAGCAGAAAUUUAGCGAAAGUUUAUUUUGUUAUGUUGUUGUAAGUAGAAUGUGAUCUUAAUCAGUUGUCUUCAAUACUCUAGGACAAUAGUUCAUUUUCGUAGCUUGUGAAAUUGUUAUAAUGAUAAAAAUUUGAUUUCUAUGACUGCUACCAAGAUCAUUUUGUUUGUACAUAUUUGUACAUUGAUUUUAUUACUGAAGUACUAAAUGUUCAGGUACUUAAAAUAUAAUUGUCAUUGUUUUUAUACAAAGGCGGUGAUUUAUUUUAAAAUAAAUAUAAAUGAAAUUGUAAAAUAUGGAAAUAUAUGUCACUCACUUAUUGUGUA